AUGGUUUCGGUACCAACACCAGCAGCAGCAGUCGCCGCUGCCCAAAACGCACCGCCUUCUCACGACAAUGCCGCCAAGCGCAAGAUGUCGCUCUCGGACAUUGACGACGACUCGGACUCGGAUUCUGACUCGCCUGACAGCUCUUCCAAAAAGCUGUUCUCCACCGGCAGGACCUCAGCCAGCCAGCAGCUCGUCCCCGUGCCUGGCCAACCCGACGCUCCUCUCGUCACAAAGCGUACGCUCCAGAACCGCAAGGCACAGCGAGAGUUUCGCAAGCGUCGCGAGGCGCGCGUCCGAGAGCUAGAGGAGCGUUGCCGUCGUUUCGACCAGAUGGGUCUCGAGGCCAACACUGAGCUUCAGCGUCUAGCUCACAGGCUCAAGGACGAGAACGAAUCGCUCAAGUCGCUUAUCGCUCGUCUUGGUUUUGCUCACAUGAUCCCCGGUAUCAUCGAAUCCAUCAACAAUGUGGAGCAACCACAGCACCACCACGCUCAGCAUCCGCACCAUCAGCACACCGCCCCUCACCACCCGCACGCAUUUGCUCCCUUGGAUAUCGGUAUGGACGCCUGGGCUAGUAGAGCGUCUGGUAUGCCCAUUACCAACGCUGCGCCAUUGCCUCCACACUCGGAAGCGCCCGUGCAGCCAAGCAACGCCGCCAACGCCGCCAACGCCGCUGCUGCUACGAACAAAAAAGCCAAUCGUAGCCAUGUACCCACCACCUCCGCCUCAGUACCUGCAUCGACACCCAUCUCUUCUCUCGCCAAUCUACCUGGUCUCACCGAGCUGCUCCCCGUUCACGCCGGUGGCGUUAACCCAAGCAUGUUGAGCGAUGGAAACUCCAGCAAUCGUGACAGCCAGCGCGCGUCCGGCUCCUCGAUAGCUGCUGUCGCGGUGCCUGCUGAGCCCAAGUCGACAACCACUACAUCAAGACCGAUCGAGGACAAUAGCACCUUUGACAACGACUGGUUCGCACAGCUCGCGCAGUCGGGUCACGACAAGGACGACAACAACGUCGAUGCUGCUUCCACUGACAACACCGCUUUGUCUCGCAACGUUCGCUCCGCGGCCAACCCCAUCCUUUCGCUCAACUUCAACAACAACUCGACAGACAUCAAAAACACCAAGUCCUCGAACCACAACUACCACCACCACUUCAGCGGCUCGGCCAUGCUCGGUGCCAACGCUCGCCCAUUCGGUCUAGGUCUCGCUAGCGCUCUCAGCCUUGCACAAGCGUCGAGCUCGGGCGCCAAUAUGUUCCCCAUGCCCAUGCCCACACAGCAGAACGGUGCGCUGCUCAAUCCCAACCCGAUUCCGUUUGCGUUCAACCUCAGCGAGAACAAGAUGCCUGGCGAGCAGAGUUGGUGGUCUCAGGUCGCUGGUAAUGCUCUCGAGGGCGACGAUAGCAUACUGGACGAAAAGGCGCAGGCGGUCGCGCAAGCUACUGGUGCCAAUCAAAACGGCGCGCCUUCGCCAUUCGACCUGUCUGCCUUCUUGAACGGUGGCUUGACACCCGGCGGUGGCGGCUUCACUUUUGGUAGCCAGCAGACCAACGACGAUACUGUCAUUGAUGCACAAAAGAGCACAGACAAUGACGACGCCUCCAAGCCCAGUAACGGCAAGGGAGGACAGACGCAGCAAGGGCUCACCCAGGCCGAGCAUGCUCAGAUGUUCCUGCGACUGCUCGAAGCCAAAAUGGCCAAGGGUAACACGAGCACCUACGCGCAACUCGGUUUCCAGCCACCCAUGCACCAUCAGCAGUACGCUGCCUCGCAAGCCGGGCCUAGCUUCUCCGACGCUAGCUCUUCGUCGUCGUUGUCGUCGUCAUUGUCAUCGUCGCCGGACAAGGAGGAAGACUCUGCGCUCUCGCCCAUCAACAUCUACACGCGAUUGGCGCAACACCCCGCUUUUCUCUCGACCAACGCCAGCGAGCUGGAGGAGCUUGUGGAUUCGAUCAGCUCUUCGCAGCAGCGACAGCAGCAGAUGGCGCGGUUCCAGCCGCCGUUGAGCAAACGCAAAGGUACGACGCCGACCAAGGUGGCUCCUACGCUGUACCCGCCUCCUGCAUCCGCGUUGACUCCGAGCAUCUAUGCGCCGAACGGAGCGGGGCCGUUAGCGGGCACACACACGAACGACUUGGAGGUCGACGAAAAGGCGGUCAACAAGAUGCUCGGCAUGCUCGAUAGGAAGUCUUCGAAAAACGCGCCUGCUGCCGGUAGCGCUCUCGCUUUCUAA